UUCUUCAGAUUCACACCAAAUGCUCAAUUAUUAAUUGAUAAGACAAAAUAACAUGCACUUUUUCUACAGAAAUUAUUUUUUUAUUUUCUCUCCAUUUUUUUAAACUUUCAAGCUUUCUAUUUCUGAUUUCUCUCACUAUAUUUUUUUUCUAUAAAGUUUUUAUAAUUCUAAAAGGGGACUUCAAUCUUACAUAAUUUCUGAAGUUUUUGAUUCCCUUUUUAAUUUGGUUGUUUGUUUAUUUUUUGUUUGUUUGCAGAAUGGAGAUAAUUUUGGAGGAAAAGGAUGCAGGUGAUUGGAGUUACAGAGGAGAAGGAGCAGUUAAUCUAGUUCUGGCAUACACUGGAUCUUCUCCUACUUUUAGUGGGAAAAUAAUACGGGUACAGAAGGUUGUGAAGAAUGGGUCCAUGGAAGAGACUGAACGCUCGGUUUUGUCCAAGCAUGAAAGCAUCUUAUGGAAAGAUGCAGGAUCUAUUGUUACAUCCCCAAACAAGGAGAUUGCUGAGCAGAUGUAUGUGCAAUCUGUGAUGAUCCCACUGUUAGGAUCAGAGUUUGUUGAUCCUGGGGUGAGGAUACUUGUGUCAAGGGGAUUUCUGGAGUCAGUUGAAAGAGAUUCUCUCUCCAAGCGACCUGGUUCGAGAGUUAAAGCUGCCAAUGUUGAUUGUUGUGCUGAUUCUGUGAUGCUAAUGUCAGAUCAUUCAGUAUUCCCCCAAGGCGCUUCUAAAGGAGCACCAUGCAUAACCGUGGAGAUUAAGCCCAAGUGUGGAUUUCUUCCAUCUUCGAGCUUUAUGGCCGAUGAAAAUGCCAUCAAGAAGAAUGCAACUCGCUUUAAAAUGCACCAAGUCCUCAAAUUGCAACAACUUAAGGUACAACAGUUGAGCAAAUAUGAUCCAUUGGAUUUAUUCUCUGCAUCAAGAGAUCGAAUACAUGAAGCAAUUAAUGCUCUCUUUGCAACUCCGCAAAAUAAUCUGCGGGUUUUUCUAAAUGGUUCUUUAAUUUACGGGGACCUGGGGGGGACGAAGUUUGACGAAAUUGAAGCAUUUGAAGAUCACCUUAAAUCUUUUAUACAUGAAGAAAAUGGUUUGAGGAGCUUUGUGCAUCUUAUAGGAGAGGCAAUUCUUAAACUAGGUGUACUAGACAGGCUACUCGAAAUCCAAAAGCUUGACAAAAUUGACGUGGAAGGGGUAAUUCAUGCUUAUUAUGAUAUUGUUUCCCAGCCUUGCAAAUUAUGUAAAAAAUUCGGUGAAAACCAGCAAUCAGGAAAAUAUAGCUCUCUACAUUCCAUUCCUGUAGAUGAAAGUCUGAAGAUUGUAAGGGACUACUUGAUUGCUGCAACAGCCAAGGACUGUAGUUUAAUGAUUAGCUUUCGUCCAAGGGAAGAUGAUGACCCAGAAUCCCAUUAUAGAACCAUAUGCCUGGGCUCAACAAAGCAAAGGUUCGAUGUCAAGGCAUAUUUUAUCGACCUUGAUAUGAAACCCUUCAAUAAGAUGGAAUUUUACUAUGAGUUGGAUCAGAAGAUAGUCAACUCUUACAAACAGAAGGUCGGAGUAGAACAUGAAGCUGCAAAUAAGGGAACCAUUGAGGGGUAUGAAACUGGAUACUGAGAUUAAAAAUAACUUGUUAAAUCGUUUUGCUUGGUGGAGAUUGUGGAGGAUUGCACAGUUACAUUGAAAUUGAUAUUACCUUGAAAUUGACAUUACCUGACAAAUUGUCCUUAAAGCUGCUGUAACCUUGUUCUAUCUUUAAGUAAAUGUUAAAUCUUAGGCAUGCCCGUACUAUUUGUAAUUUAGACCUUGCAAUUGUUGAUGUUCCAGGCACUUGUGUAAUUUCGUGGUAGAUUAAGGAACUUGUUUAAUAUUGUUGUACAAUAUGUAAUUCAUGAUGUCUCUUCGUGGAAGGUGAACAUUUAGUGUUACCUCAUUUGUGGAUUUGCGCCCUUUCUGAUUAUGGAUUAUAUUGGUUACGAGA